GAAAACAUCAACAGCAAUGCUUUGCCAAAAAAGCUAAUCAAGAUAUUGAGGAACCUCUCCUAAAGCGGAUGACUGCACAGGAGUUGAAAACCGGAAUAACUUCUGUAGAAUGGUCUGAAGAUUAUCCAAGUAUAAUAGAGGCCCUUAGAAAAAAGCGGAUUCAUGCUCCCCCUCCUAUUCCAGAAGGUCUUCCAAAAAUAUCAGACAAAGAUGAGGUGAAUGUUGGAUCAACUUUAUGA